UGUCAGUUGUCAUGAAGUUGUGCAUGGUGAUGGCGGUGAAGAUGAAGUUUGUUAUUUUACUAUCAAAUAAUUAGAUUUCGUAGUUUCUGAGUCUCUGAGAUGAAUAAGUUUGUAUUACAGAUGCGCUUGAACGUUGAACUUGCAUUUUAGCGGGAAGUGUUUUCUUAGUUACAUAAAGCAUAUUUACUGCCUAAAUAUGAACAAAAAAACUAAUUUACCUCCCCAAACCAUUUGUUGGGUUCCUACUUGUGCUAAUCAAAACUAUUCAAUAAAAAAGUUUUAUCCUUUACCACCAAUUAAGUCGAAGAUGAGAGAGAUAUGGUUGGCACUAGCUACAAAAUCCACCAAAGGAGUACCUACAGAAAAAUUGUUUUUCUGUGAAGAUCACUUUGAGGCUACAUCAGAUGGUGGCAUGACAAUAAACGAUACAGUCUUUACUCAGAAUUCAAAAGCUCUGAUUCCAAAUAAAAACAUGCCUGACAGAAUAUGUAGGACCUGCAAUACUUUCAUUGAGCAUAAAGAACCAUUUUUUAUUAUGAGCUCUACUAUCAACUCAGAUAUACCUUCAACUAUGGCGGAGGAACUUGACAACAUCAUUACAGUUAAUCCAGAACCUUUAAAUCAUUUAUUCGCAUUUUGUUUUAAGGAAUUUGUUAUUCCAACGGAUCCCAUACCAGUAAUUUGUGAGAAAUGCAACUAUCGCAUCUGGUUGUUUUUUGCAUAUAAAAAGAGAGCCAUAGAAGUAGAAGACUUUCUCAGCAAAGACAUGACUCCUGAAAAAUAUGGUGCUAUGGUACUUUGCAGGGCGUGUCCUGACAGCUGUUCUAACUUUAUUCCAUUGAGAAAGGAUUCUGAGCUCGGGAUCGUGUUACAGAAGAUGUUUGUCAAUAACUACUCACCAGAUGUUGUUCCGCUCAAGGUGUGUCUUAACUGUUACAACCUACUACAGAAAAUUUCUGAAUUUUACAAUAAUUGUAUUAACACCGAAGAGAUAAUCAAAAGACGGGCGCUAUUAAAUGAGAGAUUAAAAAUGAAUAGGCGAUCAUCAAUGGCCAGAAAACCACUUUUACUUCAGACAGAACAUGCCUUUUCAAUGCAGGUGGAAGCUGAGAAUAUGACCUUAGCUAAGUUAAUGUUGCAGUUUGGACACUCUCUCAAAAAUGAUCUACACAACACUGACCACUGGAAUCCGAUUUGUGUAAAGUUAAAGGAACAGGGAAUAAAUCACAAAAUUCCGAGUCUCAUUACUAAUUGGAAAAAAUUGACUAACACUGUUCUAGAUAAAAUGAAAAACAAAGUUCCACUAUCAGAAUUGGAAAAGCUAGUUUUGCAAUUCACCAAUUGUCCCUCAGACUUGACCACCGAAUUUGCCUCACCUAAUAAAGCAAAGACUGCAGAGUCUCUGAUGGAAUCUAGUACCACUAAGGUUGAAAAUAGAGGUGUGAUUUGUUGGAAUUCGUCGGCGAAACCUAGUACUAGUAAGGUUAAAAAUGAUAUGCAGAUGUCAGAUGAAAAACCAAUGGCAAAAAGAUUUAAAAAGAGUUUUAAACAAAACAGCCCUUCACCUACUAUCGUAAAAAGGGGGGGACGAAGGCCUCCAAAAUUUACUUCACAAGAAAAAUUGCUAUUUGUUGAGUCUCUCGUAACCGAAUUUAAUAAAUUGGAAGACGCUAAAAGAAAAGGCAGUGACGUUUGGAAGUCACUCAUAGAAACAGUAAACAAAAACUAUAUGCCAGGCGUAAAAGGGGAUAGACUAUCUAAUUUAUGGACUAGGCUAAAAAUUUCUGCCAGAACUCACGAAAAAAAUGGUACCGAUCCUUUGGACGAUAUGAUUUGGGAUAUGUUGCAAAGAACUCAAACGAAAUCUCCAAACCAGAAAGAAAGCAGUAAGGGACAUUCAGGAUCUACAGCGGUACCACCAACUGCAAUUGCCAACAAACCAUUAUUUUCCACUCCCGAAGUGACACUUCAAAGCGAGCCUAAAGUGCCAUCUAAACAUACAUCAAACAAUUCUAUAAUCAGAUCUUCAGAAGAUACCGGCGGAGUUAAAAAAAAGGAUUUAAUAAAUAAUGUAGAUGAGGUAAAAGCUGCUAAGAGGAGACAGAUAUUCUUGGCAAUAAGAGAACAGUAUAACGAACUGAAAAGAACAAAUCGAUUUGAGAAAUUGCCACUGAGAAUUUGGUGUCUUAUUUUUGAUAAAAUGUAUAAUGAAGGGUAUCAAGAUAUGAGCAGACAAGAGGCACAACAGACGUGGGUAGAGUUGACGAACCACGCGAGGGGUAGAAAUGUUAAUAAUCCAUUGCUAUGUGAAGUCCGUCGAUUUUUGAAGACAGUUCAAAAUGAUAGACCUCAAAAAAAGAAAGUAACACCGACCAAGAAACAACCUUAUGAAAGUGACGUUGGAUAUAAUCCAAACAACGUUACUCCUAAAAAUGUCCCUACAAAGAAUCCUACUAGAAGAAGCAGCACUUCGAAUGUAAGUGCCUCUAUAGAUGUACCUAUAAAUUCAGCUAAAAUGGGGGAUAGACUAAAAUGGGAUCCGGAAGAAGCUAACUUAUUACUUGAAUUGAUCCAAGAAGAUUUAAAUUCCAUGGACGGAACUAUACAUUGGCCGAUUAUUGCUAAGCGUUUUAGUAGCAGAUCUAAAACCAGACGGAGUAAAAGUAGCAUACAAGGGAAGUUUCUCUCUACGCGUCGUAAAUAUGAGAAGGAAAUAGCUAUGAACAUUCCGUUAACCGACUAUGAAAGACGCGUCAAACAGUUAGUAGAUCAAAUGAACGAAAACGAAAAGCGAGUUGAAACAGAAAAAGGUUUUGAAAAAAAACUGCCUGUGCCCUGCAGCCCUUCAACAACCCUUCAAAGUUCCAUUGUCGCAGAAGAACCGAAGAUUACGGAAGAUGAUAACAUCGAAACACCAAAAGAGGAAAUCAAAACAAGGAAAGACAGCUAUGACCAAGAAGUAGACUCGUAUAUCGAUCUUGACUCCUACAACUACGUUUCCCUAGAAGAUAUUCAGCAAAGUACGUCAUAUGACAUACCGGAAUUUAAACCCAAAAUAUUUGACGAUGAAGACCAAAAACCAGAUUUAUUCAAAUCCGAGAGAUCCGUCGAAUCCGAUGAGAACCAGGUCAGUACUAGUAUGAAUUUGAUAGAUAUCGAGGACAAUGAAAUUGAUAGCAACGAAUAUAUUGGCGGAGGUGGAGAUUAUGUAGGAGCCGAUGAUUUAUUGGAGGAUGACGACGAGUUUGUAGAUGGCACAUAAGAAGUUGUGAUAGUUUAAUUAACCAACCAAUUCUAGUUUAGUUAAUAGUUUAAUCAACCAAAUACAAUUGAGACCUGUACUUGCAAAACAACCUAUCUCCAUCCUGACAAAAUUGAUGUAAAUCAUAGUUUUUGACCGUGACUAUAUUUGUUAAACCUGGAGCCACAAAAUUCGUUAUCCGUACACGUUGACUGCACAAAAUUAGUUUUUCCUUACCAAUUUCUUGCUUGUUAUUAAAAUACUCUUAUACACGUCAGAGAAAACGGGCCAUCCACAAAAUGGGUCCUUGAUGAUGUCUUGAAUUUCUUAAACUUGUUGUCCGAUUCUUUAACAAUAUCGCUGUAAUAAUAUUGUUGCUAGACAGGUAAAUUGUCAACGUAUACCGGGUGUAUCAAUCAAACUGUGUGUUUUUGCUCAAAGUUCGCCACACCCUGUUGAAUAUUCUAGCGUUUAUAAAAUACUGAAAUUAAAACCCAACUGUAGCCUCAGGUUUUCUUAACAUUCUGUUUUUUUUUAUUUAUUCCCUUAUGCUGGAUACUAAAAAGUUAGGUACUUUAAAUACUUAGCCAUGUUCUUUAUCAAUACAGGAUGUUUCUAAAUAAGCGCGACAAACUUUAAGGGGUAAUUCUGCAUGAAAAAAUAAGGUUUGCUUUAUAAACAUAUGUCCGCAGAUGCUUCGUUUUCGAGAUAUUGGAUGUUGAUUUUUUUCUUACAAACUGACGAUUUAUUUAUUGUUUAAAACUGAUUGAGAUAUGAAAAUGAAAUUUGGUAGGUUUUAAGAGAUAGUUAUUGCUCAUUUUUUGACAUGCAAUUAACAAUUUUAUAUUCUUCAUUGGCGCGCAUACGGAUCAUAUUCCCCCUUAUGCACGCCAAUGAUGAAUAUAAAAUUCUUAAUUGUAUGUCAGAAAAUGCACAAGAACUACCUCUUAAAACCGCCCAAAUUUCGUUUGCAUAUCUCAACCGGUUUUAGAGCAACAAAUAAAUCGUCAGUUUGUAAGACAAAAAUUCGGUAUUAAGUUUAGUAUUUUAUAAAUGCUAGAAUAUUCCACAAGGUGUGGUGAACUUUGAGAAAAAAACACAGUUUGAUUGGUACACCCGGUAUACAAUGACAAUUUACCUGUCUAGCAACAAUAUUAUUACAGCGAUAUUGUUAAAUAUUAAGGCUAUAACCCAUUAAAAAACACUUAAAUCGGACAACAGGUUUAGGAAAUUCGAUACAUAAAAAAUGACCCAUUUUGUGGGUGGCCUGUUUUCUCUGACGCGCAGUGUAAUUAAAGAAAAAUGUUUACAGAUUUUUAAAUUUACAGAGAUUGGCUACUUUACAACUAAUAGGUGGACUUUGGCUAUUUUGAAAUGAACCGACCAGGAUAUUGGUUAUUUUGUAGGAAAAAUCAAACACAAAUUUUUUUGAACUUUAAUAGCGGUACUUAAUACAUCAAAAUAAUUAUUAUUAAUACCCAGAUUGUAUACUAUUAAGACUUCUUCGUCAUUGUCAUUAUCAAGUGGUUCACAAUAAAUUUUCGUAAUGUACUACGUUUUUGAAAUAAGCUAGUUUCGGAUCAUUUGGCUAUUCUUCGCUGUAUUGACUUUCCAGUAGUUUCCUUACAAUUUAAACUUUAAGGGGUAAUUCUGCAUGAAAAAAUAAUGACCGUUUGCUUGAUAAACCUAUCUCCGCAAAUGCUUCGUUUCCGAGAUACGGGAUGUUGAAUUUUGUCUUACAGACUGAGGCUACGGCUCCACGGGCGGGAAAUUGACGCUAGCAGUAGCAGUAAAAUGAAUUUAAGGUUCCGCGGAACGGAAUAGGGAUAGCCGAACUGUACCGAUUACAGGACUUGUGCGUAGUCGGUUCAGUUCGGCUAUUCCCAUUCCGUUCCGCGGAACCUUAAAUUCAUUUUACUGCUACUGCUAGCGUCAAUUUCCCGCCCGUGGAGCCGUAGCCUGACGAUUUAUUUAUUGCUCUAAAACCGGUUGAGAUGUGCAUUCCGCAUUCCGUUGAGAUUCCGCAUUUUUUGACAUACAAUUCAGAAUUUAUAUUCACCAUUGGCGUGCGUACGGGUCAUAUUAGCCGCAUGCACGCCAAUGGUGAAUAUAAAAUUUUUAAUUGUAUGUGAAAAAAAUGCGCAAUAACCAUCUCUUAAAACCUACCAAAUUGGUUUUAAAGCAAUAAAUAAAUCAUUAGUCUGUAAGAAAAAAUUCAACAUCUCCCGUAUCUCGGAAACGAAGCAUUUGCGGACAUAGGUUUAUCAAGCAAACUGUCAUUAUUUUUUCAUGCAGAAUCACCCCUUAAAGUUUUUCGCACUUAUUUAGAAACACCCUGUAUUGAUAAAGAACAUGGCUAGUUGUUGAAAGUCCCUAACAUUUUUAUUAUCCAACAUAAGCGAAUAAAUAAAAAAAACAGAAUGUUAAGGAAACCUGAGGCUAUAGUUGGGUUUUAAUUUCAAUAUUUUAUAAGGGCUAGAAUAUUCCACAGGGUGUUGUGAAAAUUGAGAAAAAACCCAGUUUGAUUGGUACACAUGGUAUACAAUGAAAAUUUACCUAUCUAAUAGCAACAAUAUUAUGACAGCGAUAUUAUUAAAGAAUUAGGCUAUAACAUAUUAAAAAAAAUACUUAAAUCGGACAACAGGUUUAGGAGAUACGAGACAUCAAAAUUGACUCAUUUUUGGGGUGCCCGUUUUUCGUGCCGGUCAGUGUAGUAAUUAUAUGAAGAGUAGAGAUAUUAUAUAACUGGCCACGUGACAAAAAUACACAAUCGAUAAACAUGAGUUUUUAUCAGGAAAUGUAACACUAUACUUAACGGUGGACGCUAUCUGUUGAAUUUAUUUAGAGCUGUUUCCAAUGUGGCCCAUAAUAAAGGUUAACGGAAUUGUUGCAUAGACCAUAAUAAUGAAAAAAAAAAACAGAAAUAUUAAUUUUUUGUCACUUGGCCCGUUAUAUACAGGGUGUCCCCAAAAAUAGUGCGUUCCUUAAAGGUAUAGGUAGAAGACACAAUGUAGAGCAAAAAACUCUUAUAACAUAUAUUUUUUUAAUUGAUCCGUUUGACCAAAAAACGAAAAUACAUUUUGAUAUGCAAAUUGAAGUCUGGCAACAACGUGUAACUCAAAAAUCUAAAGAUUAAAAAAGUAGGUUUGUAGGUCAGUUGCAUCUGGUAGGUAAAAUAAUGUAAAUAUCAACCAAACCCAUAUCCGUUAUUUUGCAGGUAGGUACCUACGAUGUCAACGACCCCAACCCCAAAAAUCAUACCUCAAAGUAAAUAAACAAGGGGUUAUUAGGUUAAAUUUCCACAGUCACAGCAAUUUCUUGCCAUGUCAUUCAAUUUUAUGAAAAUAAAAAUUCACUUAUAUGGAGAACAAUGUAAUUUUUUUCUUGGAAACGGUUAACUUUAGAAAAAAAUGUUAUGGGACUUUUUUGUUCUAAAUUGUGUAUUAUAUCCAUACCCUAAAGGAAAGCACUAUUUCCGGGGACACCCUGUAUAUUCACUCUUCAUAUGUAAAUCAUUAUUUAUUAAAUAUGAAAAACAAUGAAAAUUAUACAUUUUCUCUGCAUUUUAACAAAACUGUCAAGCACGUUGCAUUCACGGCAGAUGACAUUUUGUCCUCUACAAAGAUCUAAAAAUAUACUAACCUCAGUCAUUUUCUCACAUUUCUCUGGGGCGACACUGCGACUCUUUUUUGUCUUGUUGCUAUUAUGAUCGCCCUCUUAUAGCCACUUUACACGAUGCAACUAAUUGCUCAAUUAAUUGCACAGUUUCUUGCAGCAAUAGAAAUUGUAUCGUGUCAUACGAAAAUUGCACAAAAGAGUUGCUGCAACUUGUUGCAUCAAGAAGUUGCAGCUAAAUAGAACAUGUCCUAUUUUUCAUGCAAUUUUUUCUGCAUGUCGGUUAUAUUUUUAGUAACUUUUAAGGCUACACUGUUUGUUUUUACUUUUUUGCUGUCAAUAAUAGAGCUUUUCAUUCACAGUCAUUUGUUUCGAGCUUCUGUCAUGUGUCACAUAAUGUUAAUAUAUCUACGUCGUACGUUAUUUGUAUGUACCAUGGAUACAAACCAAAGACGUAUGACGUAGAUAUAUUAAUAUUAAGUGACACAUGACAAUCGAUGAAAAGCGCUAUUAAAAGCUUCUGAUGACAUUGACAUUUUGUCAUCCUAAAUUUCAAACUAAACAAUUUUUUAACAAAACUAGAGGAACUUUUUACCAAUUUCACGCUUCACAAAUAACAUUAUUCUGGUGGAUAAUUUUAAUUAUGCAACAUAGGGAUUAAAAAAACUAUUUCCUAUUUUUAUUUCUUACAACUUGUUUCCUUUUGUAAAUGAAUAUACAGGGUAGCGAGAAAGUAUGGAAACACGGUAAUUUCUCGGAAACCGCUUAAACGAUUGUUAUGAAUACCCUGUAUAUUUUUUGCGUUUUGAAGUCCUUAAGAAAUACUGAUUAUUUUUCAUGUUAUGUUACCUAUACCUAAAUGCCAUAAUUUCCGAGUUAUUGCUACAUUUAUUAAAAAAAAUUAACAAAAUAUACAAAUUUAUUUUUUUGGACCGGGUAGAUAUUAUUUUAGGUUCUUUGGGUCAUUGGGAACAAAAAAGGUCUUUUAUAAUUUUCCUCAAAAGUUAAUCGUUUCCGAGUUAUAAACAAUUUAAAACUGAAAAAAAUCGAAAAAUGACUAUUUUCUGGGUUCAAAAACAUAAGUAAAAAAUAUUAUUUUUGAAACUAUGAAGUGCCUAAAUUCAAGUUCAAACCUUAUUUUAUCGAAUGCCGAAAGUGAUUUGGUCUUAUUUCAUUCUAAAACAUUAUUUUUUUUUUUUUUUAGUUGUUAAUGCAUCCCGAUAGCCCGUCCUCGCAUAUGAGCUUUAUUAACAAUAAAAAAAAAACAAUGUUUUAGAAUAAAAUAUGCCAAAAAUUCUUAGAGAGAUCUGAUAGAAAAAGGUUUGAGCUUGAAUUUAGGUACUUCGUAAUUUAAAAAUGAUUUUUUUUGCUUGUGUUUUUGAACCUUGAAAAUUGUAAUUUUUCGAUUUUUUUCAGUUUUAAAUUGUUUAUAACUCGGAAACGAUUAACUUUUGAGGAAAAUUACGAAAGACCUUUUUUGUUUCCAAUGAUCCAAAGAACCUAAAAUAAUGUCUACCUAGGCCAAAAAAAUUGAUUUUUAUAAAUUGUCAAAAAUUUUUUUAAUAAAUGUAGCAAUAACUCCGAAAUUAUGGUAUUCAGAUAUAGGGAACAUAACAUGAAAAAUAAUUAGUAUUUCUUAAGGACUUCAAAACGCAAAAAAUAUACAGGGUGUUCCAUUUAAAAUAAGGAAGUUCAUUAGAUUUCCAGAAAAAUGGAAGAUUUGACAACAAUGUAAUUACCACCAUAAUAUCGGCCGCAUCAGGACACCCCUACCCACCAAAAUUUAUAAAAAUCGUUCGAGCGGUUUCCGAGAAAUCACCGUGUUUCCAUACUUUCUCGCUACCCUGUAUGUAUUAUAUACUGACUUGGAUUAUUGAUUUUGAUAUAAUACAUAAUAUAAUUGUCUCAAAUUAUAAUCCAACAUCUUUAAAUCUAAUAUAUAAUAACUUUGCUCAAAAAAUUAAAUUAUAUUUAUAAAGCAUAACCUAAAAUUUAUGAUAUUUUGUCAAAGUUUCUGUCUAUUUCAUGUCAGUUUAUUCAAUGGUUUUCACCGUGUAAUCACUUAUUGCAGAAAGUUAGUUGCAACUUAUUGCACAAGAAAUUGUGCAAUUAAUUGCACAAUUACUUGCAUUGUGUAAUGUGGCUAUUAAACAACAUCGACCACGUGAUACAAUCUAGCGUCUGAUUGGUGCAGAGAGAGAUUGGCUGUUCUGAAACCUACACUACCUUGGAGAAUGGUCGAUUUGAAAAAACAACCAAUUGUCUCCAUUAUUUUCAAUGGCAGUUUGUUAGUAAUGUUACGAAAUUGAUGCAUAGCGGGAUUCGUCUUUUUACAAGGAAUCUAGUGGCAUAUGCAGGUCGGUUUGCCAAAAACUGGAGAUUGGUUGUUUUGCAAGUAGAGGUCUCAAUUAAUGACUAGUUUUCUUAUUUUAUAAGACUGUAGCUAAUGUUGCUCAUUUUGUUGUAUGGACAUGUUAAAAAGGGUUGUCUAUUAGAUUAUUACAUUAGAAAAAUAUAGAUUUUUGUUAUAUUUUAGAAAUAUUCAAAUUAACGUUUUUUUAUACAAAAAAUUAUUUAUCUUUAAAACCUUAUUAGUUUUGUUCAUAACCUACAAAACUAAGACUUAGCCCGCUUUCUGAGAGACGCUAAAAACAAAUUAAACUAAAUUCGCUCAGCUGAGAUUCAUUUUGACACGUUUAACCCAUUAACGCCCAAGUUUUUUUUUAUUUAAAGAUUUUUACUUUUAGGGUUAAUUUGAUGAAAAUGUUAAUAAUUUAAUCCAAAAAACAGGUUUUUCGGUUUAUUGUCUUUUUUUUAAUUAUAUGGUGUUACCAUAUGGUAACGCUGGGCGCUUAAGGAAUUUUUAGGAUCGUUUAAACCAAAGUUUUUAAUUUUUUUUUAAAUAUUUAUUUGAGAAUAUUUUCAUUGUUUGGUGUGGUAUCCUAUAAAACAAUUAAAACACAAACCAACGUUGCAUUUUUUACACAUUGUUCGUCCAGAUGUUGUACAUCUGUCUCCAGCACAUCGCCUUCUACUGCUUGAUGUAACAAAUGGUCGAAGCGAUCAAAACGAAGAUCUGGAAAGUUCUGUCUAUGUAGACUAGGUCUUCCUGUAUAUAAGGGACGACUUCAAUAUCUUGCGAGAAGAACUUGGCCAAUUCUCUCCUAAACGAUAGCAAGGAUAUAUUUUUUUAUUUUUUUUUAUACAGGGUGUUUCAUUGGGAAACGGAAAUACUUUAAUGGUGAAUAGAGGUCACCGAGGCUGUUCUAGAUAUACUACAUUUUUUGCCCUACCUACUUUUAUAACCGAGUUACAGGGUGUUUUAUCGAUUUUGCUCAUUUCUUUUCUAAGCCAUAACUUUAGAACCACCCUGUAUAUUUUUUUGAUAUUUAGUACACAUAUGUCUCAUUUAAAACCCAUACUAAUCACUGGAAAAAUGCAGGUCCGGAUUAACAAAAAAUUAUAAAGUAAUUGUGACCUUAAAACAACACCCUGUAUAUUGAAAUUUUGAAAAUCUGUUUGCAUAUUUGAAAAGCGCACAAAAAACUUAGUUUAUUGGUUUGCUUCAAUUUGUCGGCCAGACAUUUUUUUGUGUUUAAUUUUGAAAUUAUAUUGAAUUUUUUAAGGACAUUAAAAAGCAGGUAUUAUUAACUUUUAAUUAUAAAUUAUUAAAGUUAAUGAAUAAAUACUCGUUUUAAAAAUAAUCAAUAAUUAUUUACCACAUUGGAACGACCCAAUUACUAAUGACAAGAAAAAUCCAGGUCCGGAUUAACGAAAAAAUAUAAAGUAAUUGUGACCUUGAACCAACACCCUGUAUAUUGAAAUUUUGAAAAUUUGUCUGCGCAUUUUAAAAGAGCAUAAAAAACUGUGAUUAAAGGCACAUCUUAAUUUUUUGCGCAGAUGAUUUCAUUACAUAAAUUUUGAAAUUAUAUUGAAAUUUUAAAGAACUCGUGAGAUUAAAAACCAGGUAUUAUUAACUUUUAAUAACAAUUUAAUGUUAAUGAAUCAAUACUUAUUUUAAAAAUACUUAAUACUUAUUUACUACGCUGGCUUCAUGGAUUCUUUGGAUUUGUAGCUGCAUCAUUAAAAAUUAGAAUUGCGAGAAUUGGAUUUUUGUAAUGAUUUUUGAAAAAAAACUUUUAAACAAUUUAACAUAAAUUAAAAAUAUUUGAACUAUAACAGUUGUUCAAAAUGUCCGCCAUUUUGUUCGAUUCAUUUCCUUGCUCGUUUUAAAAGAUUUCGAAUCGAUUUUCUUAUUACAUUGGGAUUGUUCUUAAUUUUCUGGCAGCUUCUUGUCACCUUGACAGAAUUAAUCAAUAUUAUUUCAAAAUUGCCGUAAUUAAAUUAUCUGCCCAAAAAUUUGACAUGCACCUUUUAACGCAUAGUCCUGUCGCCAGGGAGGGUACAACGGCCUCCUGUAUUCAGAUGGACUUACCCAAGUUUUUUUUAUGUAUUUUGACUUGUAGAACACGAAUUUUUUGGGUAACGGUUGAUCCAGAUGUCGAUAAGAUUGUUAUAAACCAAGAAGUUGAGGAAUCACAUAACAGCGAUUUCUCGCAAAACAAAACAUUUUUUUGUAUUUUUUGGGUCAUUCUAACCAAAAAAUGUUCCUACAAUUUUUUUCGUAGGAUGCAUAGUUUUCGAGAUAAACGGGGUUGAACUUUCAAAAAAUCGAAAAAUUGCAAUUUUUGAACCCGAAUAACUUUUGAUUAAAAAAUAAAAUAGCAAUUCUGCUUACCGCAUUUGAAAGUUCAAGUCAAAUUAUAUCGGUUUUAAUUAUUUGUAUUGCUAAAAAUUUAUUAUUUUAUUGUUAAAACAAAGCUCUCAACACCUAGUGCUUGAGUGAUGUUUUCAAUGAUUUCUCAUUUAAAAUCAAACGAGUAGGUAGAGGAGAUAAGAGUGCAAGCGGGGCUAUUUCUACGUAGCAUGCAUUAAAACGCAUGUAUUAGGCACGGGAAACACUAUGUGUUUAUAGCUUUUUUUAACAAUCAAAAAAUAAAUUUGUAGCAAUGCAAAUAUUCAAAACAGAUAUAAUUUGACUCAAACUUUUAAACCUGGUAAGCAGAAUUGCUAUUUUAUUUUUUAUUCAAAGGUUAUUCGGGUUCAAAAAUUGCAAUUUUUCGAUUUUUUGAAAGUUCAGCCGCGUUUAUCUCGAAAACUAUGCAUCCUACGAAAAAACUUGUAGGAACAUUUUUUGGUUAGAAUGACCCAAAAAAUACAAAAAAAUGUUUUGUUUUGCGAGAAAUCGCUGUUAUGUGAUUCCUCAACUUCUUGGUUUAUAACAAUCUUAUCGACAUCUGGAUCAACUGUUACCCAAAAAAUUCGUGUUCUACGGGCCAAAAUACAUAAAAAAAACUUGGGUAAGUCCAUCUGAAUUAAGAAGGCCGUUGUACCCCCCCUGGCGACAGGACUAGCAGUUUUUUAUGCUCUUUUAAAAUACGCAAACAAAUUUUCAAAAUUUCAAUAUACGGGGUGUUGUUUCAAGGUCACAAUUAGUUUAUAUUUUUUUUUUGUUAAUCCGGACCUGGAUUUUUCUUGUGAUUAGUAAUUGGGUCGUUCCAAUGUGGUAAAUAAGUAUUGAUUAUUUUUAAAAUGAGUAUUUAUUCAUUAACUUUAAUAAUUUAUAAUUAAAGUUAAUAAUACCUACUUUUUAAUGUCACGAGUUCUUAAAAAAUUCAAUAUAAUUUCAAAAUUAAAGUCAUAAAAUUGUCUGGCCGAAAAAUUGGAGCAAACCAUUAAACUUAGUUUUUUGUGCUCUUUUCAAAUAUGCAAACAGAUUUUCAAAAUUUGAAUAUACAGGGUGUUGUUUUAAGGUCACAAUUACUUUAUAAUUUUUUGUUAAUCCGGACUUGGAUUUUUCUUAUGGUUAGUAUGUUGGUCGUUUGGGUUUUGAAUGAGACAUAUGUGUACCAAAUAUCAAAAAAAUAUACAGGGUGGUUCUAAAGUUAUGGCUUAAGAAAGAAAUGGGCAAAAUCGAUAAAACACCCUGUAAGUCGGUUAUAAAAGUCGGUGACCUCUAUUCACCAUUAACAUCCAACAACCAUGUUACAAUUUGCCAGUACCAUUUUUUAUUGCAAAUUGCUACUCGGUAGGUUGAAUCAACUUGAUCCAUCCAGUCGGUACUCACCAUAUUUUGUUGUAUUCAGCAAUAUAGUGAGGUCGACUUACUUGAAUGUGGCCUUUUUCUUCAUGAGAAAAUCUUUUUACCGUGCCCAAUGCUGAACCACCACAACUCGUAGAUGCUAUUGUAACAACAGAGUUAUCUUUCCAUCGCACCAGUAACACUAUCGCUUCUGCUAACAAAAAUCCAAUACUGAAAAAAAUAAGAUUAUGACUCCGUAAGCGCCCACCGCAACCAUAUGGUAACGGCGUAUUUGACUAUUCUUACCGAAUUCGCUACAUUUAAUUGUUGAUAAAAUACAACAAUUUAUAAUAAGUUGCGGUAUAAUAAACUUAGUUUUUUUUAAUAACCAAAUAUAGUUACUAGAAGACUAUCAAAAAUUGCUUACGCAAAACGGACGUCCAUCUUUUUCUAUAAAUUUAAACCACACUGUCAUAUGAUUCUUUCGACGGUUGAGAAAAGGCUAAAAUACGAAUCCGUUACGUUUUAUGGGUGCCUGAAGUAUUCCUAGAAACGAUAGUUCUCAAAAUAUGUGGCUGACUAUAUCCAUGGGCAUACCGCAAAAUUUUGAAAAAUCAUGUGUUUUACGUUACCAUAUGGUAACGCUGGGCGCUAAUGGGUUAAGGUACGAUUCCGACAUCGACGGCAGACGGCAACUGCAGACGACAGUUGCAGUUGCCGCCGUAACAGACGUCACUACUUUGCACUAUCAAUUUGUAUGAGACUGGUUCCGACAUUUAACUGCAAUUGCUGUCCGGCAGAACGUCAGCUACUAAUAAUUAUACAAAUUAAUAAUGCAAAGUAAAUACGUAUGUCAUGGUAACAACUGUAACUGCCUUCUGUAGUUACCGCCUACCGUCGAUGUCGGAAUCGCACCUUCAGAGUAGCAAACAUACAACACAAAAAUUACUACCUUACACUACUAACUGCUCAAAUCAACUUAUCAAUUAUAUGAAAUAGUGGGAGUGUAUACUAAACUCAUAAAAUUUUGUGGAAUUUAUUUCUACAAAAUAUUGUUAUUUUGUACAAUAAAUAAUUUUCUCAUUUGUUAUCCAACACAUUAUAAUAGUGUAAAUAAAUACUUAUUGAUUGGCGUAAGGUUUGUUAUUUAUGUCUGUUUACUAUUAAUAAUAGUGACUAUGAGCAGGUAUGUUUAGUUGUGUAGUAAUUUCCAGUCACGUCUAGUAACCUAACUUCCCAAAAAAAUUGCUAAAAUCACUAGACAGUUGUGUCUCAGAUGAGCGAAUUUAGUAGAACACUGUUGUAUAGAAAUUAUUCAGUUUGUUGUAUAGGCAUGUUAAACACGGGUGUGUGUUAGAUUAUUACAUUAGAAAAAUAUAGAUUUUCUUAUAUUUUAAAAAUAUUCAAAUUAAACAUUUUUUAAACAAAAAA